AUGCCCACCUAUCUUAGCGGCGCUGGAUAUCUUAUUAAAGGGGAAUACAUCGAACACAUCUUACGAGGAGCCCUGCGCGUGCCCAUAGUGCACCUAGAAGACAUCUACUUCACGUAUCUAGUGGCCCACAAGCAUUUGGGGCUGGUCCUCACUCACGACAGUAGACUGUCUCCUUUCAAACCUUGGUGGAAAGCCGGCUGCGUCUACUGGAACUUCGCGUCCCUCCAUGGCCUGACUCCUGCAGAAAUCUACCACGCCUGGUCUUGCAUCGAAACAUUAAUAUUGAAGUACAAGACGAUUGCCGGUGUGUGCCAAUAUUUUAAUUAUUGUUUUGGUUGGUUCAUGGCUCUUGCUGUGUACUAAGCGUUGUUUUGUCAAAUGUUUGCUCCAGAUUUUUCUUUGAAGGGUUACUGAGAUUGAGAAUGAGGAGCUCGUAUUUAAAAACGCUUGUCUAUUGGAGAGAGAUAAACAAUGGCACUUGAAGAAAAACUGGUUCUGAGUCUAUAUUUGGCUUAGGAUUUGCUAAGAGUUAAGCCAUUGGACUUCUUCCGAAUGCAUAAUAUGAAUUUCGAAUUCAUUAUGAGGGAUUGUCUGAGCUAUUUUAACAAUCACAAUAUUAACC